AUGUUUUCAUUUUCUUCUUCAUUUUCUUCAUUUCUUCCUUCCAUUUCUUUCUCUUUCUUAUUCUUCGUUUUUUUUCAUUUCCUUUACUUGUGUUGUUCUUUUCUUCACUUGUUUUUUGCUUAUCCUAUUUUUCUCUUUCCUUUUUUCUUCAUUUUCUUCUUCUUUUUUGUUGUUUUUUAUUUAUUUCUUCCUUGUGUUAUCUUCAUUUUCCUUCGUUCUUUUUUGUUGUUUUUUAUUUAUUUCUUCCUUGUGUUAUCUUCAUUUUCCUUCGUUCUUUUUUGUUGUUUUUUAUUUAUUUCUUCCUUGUGUUAUCUUCAUUUUCCUUCGUUCUUUUUUUUGUUUUUUAUUUAUUUCUUCCUUGUGUUAUCUUCAUUUUUUCGUUCUUUUUUUGUUUUUUUAUUUUUUUCUUCGUUUAUUUUUUCCUUCGUUCUUUUUUGUUUUUUUUAUUUAUUUCUUCCUUGUGUUAUCUUCAUUUUCCUUCGUUCUUUUUUGUUGUUUUUAUUUAUUUCUUCCUUGUGUUAUCUUCAUUUUCCUUCGUUCUUUUUUGUUGUUUUUUUAUUUAUUUCUUCCUUGUGUUAUCUUCAUUUUCCUUCGUUCUUUUUUGUUGUUUUUAUUUAUUUCUUCCUUGUGUUAUCUUCAUUUUCCUUCGUUCUUUUUUGUUGUUUUUUAUUUAUUUCUUCCUUGUGUUAUCUUCAUUUUCCUUCGUUCUUUUUUGUUGUUUUUUAUUUAUUUCUUCCUUGUGUUAUCUUCAUUUUCCUUCGUUCUUUUUUGUUGUUUUUUAUUUAUUUCUUCCUUGUGUUAUCUUCAUUUUCCUUCAUUUUCCUUCGUUCUUUUUUCUUUGUCUUCUUUGAUUCUUUCUUGCUUGUCUUCUUCAUUUUGCGCCUUUUUCCUUGUCUUCUUCAUUUUCUUUCUUUCUCUCUUUUUGCCUCAUUUUACGUAUUUUUUGUUUUUUUUCCUCAUUUUACGUAUUAUUUGUUUUCUUCAUUUUACGUAUUUUUCCUCGUUCUCUUCAUUUUCUUUCUUUUUUCCUUGUCUUCUUUAUUUUAUAUCUUUCUUUUUCUUUUUCUUCUUCAUUUUCUUUCUUUCGUUUCUUUCUCCUUGUUUUCUUCAUUUUUUCUUCUUUUUUAUUUUCUUUUGUUCGUUCUUUCUACUCUAGUUCUUUCUUUCUUUCUUUCUUUCUUUCUUUCUUUCUUUCUUUCUCCGUGUCUUCAUGUUACUUUUUCCUUGUCUAUUUCCUUAUCUUUCUUUCUUUCUUUCUUUCUUUCUUUCUUUCUUUCUUUCUUUCUUUCUUCAACUGUUACCACUACAUCAGAAUCAAUGAAUAAUCAUAUAUCUAGCGUUUGA